AUGGCGCCCUCAAACCCUCUCGCCAACUGGGAGAAGGUUGGCGACAGCUUCUACCGCAAAAUCCCCGUCUAUGACGCUGUCUUCGACGAGGACGUUGAACUAGAGAACUACAUCGUCGCGGGUGCCCCUUAUGGGGGAGCCAUAGCGCUUUAUCGUGAUGAGAGCAAACCAUUUCAGUUGCGGGACAGCCAGGCCUCCCGGUCCAGUAUCGACAUUUAUUCCUGCUCAGGGAAGCAGAUCAAUCGCAUUAAUUGGGAGCAAGCUACCGUCCGUGGGCUCGGCUGGUCCGACAAAGAGGAGCUUCUAGUGGUGUCCGAGGACGGCACUGUCCGCCGUUACUUUGGCCUUGACGGUGAAUUUACUUCGUUCUCCUUGGGAAAUGGAGCAGAAGAAUACGGCGUCCGAGCCUGCCAGUUUUGGGCCUCCGGUCUUGUGGCACUUCUGUCUAACAACCAGCUGAUUGCUGUUUCCAAGUAUGACGAGCCACGACCAAGGCUACUAGCGCCGUGUCCCGAGGGCGAGGUGUCAUCCUGGUCGUUGAUCCCUCCAGCCCAGACACUUUCCCGGUCUGUGGAGGUACUGCUCGCAGUCGAUAAGACCGUUUACUUGGUCGAUUCUACGGAAGCGGAAGACAAGAUCUUGCAAGAUGGCCCAUUCAAGCAUGUCACUGUGUCACCCACGGGUCGCUUUGUGGCAUUGUUCACGGGAGAAGGAAAGCUAUGGGUUGUCAGUAACGACUUCCAGAACAAACUCAGUGAAUAUGACUCAAAGUCUCGCGUGGCACCCAGUAGUGUGAACUGGUGCGGCGACGAUGCUGUUCUUCUUGCGUGGGAGGAUGAGAUCCACCUUGUUGGGCCUAACGGCGCGGCAUCAAAGUAUUACUAUGAUGGACGGGUGCAUGUCAUCCCUGAAUUUGACGGCGUGCGACUCCUCACUAAUGAUACUUGCGAGUUCUUGCACAAGGUUUCCGAUGUAACGGCAGAAAUUUUCCGACUCGGCUCUUCAUCGCCUGCCUCAGUCCUUCUUGAUUCUGUUGAUCAACUAGAAAAGAAGUCGCCCAAAGCCGACGAGAAUAUCCAGCGUAUUCGUUCUAGUCUCCCUAGUGCAGUCGAUGCCUGCAUCAAAGCUGCAGGUCAAGAAUUCGAUGCCUACUGGCAGAAGCGGCUUCUGAAAGCUGCAUCCUUUGGGAAAUCGGUAUUGGAGCUUUACAACAGCGAUGAAUUUGUUGAGAUGACUGAGAAACUGAGAGUUCUCACUGCUGCCAGAGAUUACCAGAUCGGUCUGCCAAUAUCAUAUGAGCAAUACCUCCGCUUGACCCCAGAAGGACUCAUUGAAAGACUCAUCAGUCGUCACCAGUAUCUUCUUGCUAUUCGGGUCUCUGAGUAUCUUCAAAUCCCCGCAGACAGAAUUUAUGUUCACUGGGCUAGUCAAAAGGUCCGGGUUUCAACAGUCGAUGAUGAAGCCGUGUGCAAACUGAUUGUUCAAAGGCUGGAAGGGAAGCCAGGAAUUUCUUUCGAGGUCAUUGCCCAGACGGCCUAUGAUGAAGGUCGAUCGCACUUGGCCACUCAAUUACUGAACCAUGAGCCGCGGGCAGGUAAACAAGUCCCUCUCCUGCUGAAUAUGGAAGAAGAUGAACUUGCUCUCGACAAAGCAAUCGAGAGUGGUGAUGAUGACCUGGUGAACUAUGUUCUCCUUCACCUGAAGGGCAAGCUUCCCCUUGCAAGCUUCUUCAGAAUGAUUAACACUCGCCCUAUGGCCUCAGCAUUGGUCGAGACCACAGCACGAGGAGAAGAUACUGAGCUACUCAAGGAUCUCUACUACCAAGACGACAGGCCAAUGGAAGGAUCCAACGUCCUAUUAUCGGAGGCUCUACGAGAGACAGAGCCGCAACGCAAAACUGAGAAACUCCACCAGGCAUCGCGGCUCCUGUCGGACUCCAAAGACCCGAACGUGAUGUUGCAACAGAAAUUAGUCUCCGAGGCUUCUCAGCUUCUGAAAGUUCAAGAGUCCCUCGACAAAGAUCUCGCUGAUCACAGUGAAUAUUUCGGUCUCAGUUUGAACGAGACUAUCUACAGAUUGGUCCGAGCUGGCUACGGUAAAAGAGCACAGAAGCUGCAGAGUGAAUUCAAGAUGCCGGAGAAGGCAUUCUGGUGGUUAAGGCUCCGCGCGUUGGUGGCUAAACGCGACUGGGGAGAGCUGGAGGAGAUUGGCAAAGUCAAGAAAUCUCCAAUUGGAUGGGAGCCUUUCUAUAACGAGAUCCUUGGCGCCGGAAACACAAAGCUUGCCUCGAUCUUCGUCCCCAAGUGCACACAUCUUCCUGUCGCCGACCGGAUAGAAAUGUGGGUCAAGUGCGGAAUGAUUGUCAAGGCGGGAGAGGAGGCGCACAAGGCCAAGGACGUGAACACCCUCGAACUCCUCCGGACUAAAGCGUCCGGUCCUGCAAGUACUGAAAUUGAGCGCAUGAUCAACCAGCUCAGGCCGAAGAAAUAG